AGCAGCUGUUAACUAUCUGGUAUGAGAAUCUGGCUGACCUGAGGCAACAGUCUAUAGGAGUGAAGUGUCUCACUGUGCUUGGAGUAACAGUAGGACUUCCUUUCCUCGCCAUUGCAUACUGGAUCAUGCCCUGCAGCAAGCUGGGUCAGAUUCUUCGCAGUCCCUUUAUGAAGUUUGUGGCUCAUGCUGUCUCCUUCACCAUCUUCUUGGGUCUUCUGGUGCUGAACGCUUCAGACCGUUUUGAGGGAGUAAAGAAUCUCCCCAAUGAGACCAUCACAGAUCACCCACGUCAGGUGUUCAGGGUCAAAACCACUCAGUUCUCCUGGACAGAACUCCUCAUCAUGAAAUGGGUGCUGGGUAUGAUCUGGUCAGAGUGUAAAGAAAUUUGGACUGAUGGUCCACGUGAGUAUGUCAUGCACCUCUGGAAUGUUCUGGACUUCGGCAUGUUGUCCAUCUUUGUCGCGUCCUUCACAGCUCGCUUCAUGGCUUUCCUGAAGGCAUCUAAAGCACAACUUUACAUAGAUCUCCAUGUGCCCAAUCAUGACAUCAGCAACGCUUCACUUCCUGCCGACAUCGCCUACUUCACAUAUGGUGAGGGCACCACUCUACAUAAGAGAUUCAAAUUAACUAUGGUGGGGGGAUGUCUGUAAAAUUGCUGUCAUUUUUGAAAGUGGAUUUAAUGGUGCAAUUCUAAGCUCUUGAGGCAUAUUGAGAGUUACACUAAUUUCCUGACAGCAGCUGUUCAAAUAUUGUACUGUAAACAUGUGCACUGUGUAUCUCAUAAUUACAAUGAGUUACUAUUUCAC